CGCCCGCCAUGCAGCAGCAGAGCCAGUACGAGGCCGCGGGCGCGCGCCCCCGCUCCCGCCUGCUGCCGCCGCCGCUGCACGCCUCCCCGCUGCCCGUGACGAAGCUGCGGGAGCACUGGGACGAGACUAAUGCCAAGGUGAUGCAGCGGAAGUCUCAGCUGGACGCGAUGCUGUCGGACAGUCAGCGCUACGAGGGCAAGCGCCUCGAGGUGGAGGCGUGGCUGACGCGCAUGGAGACGCGGCUCGAGCGCAUGGCCGCCGUCGGCCACACGGCAGACGUGCUCGAGGCGCAGCUGCGCGAGCAGAAGUCAUACCACGCCGAACUUCAUCAGUACAAACACCACAUCGAAAUAUUCAAUCAGCUGACUCAGAAACUAAUUGCUGUUUACCAGCAAGAUGACACGAGUCGUGUCAAGAAAAUGACAGAGGCGGUCAACCAAAGAUACGGAAAUUUGAAUUCAAGCAUCAUCAACAGGGGCAAGCUGCUGCAUUCGGCGAUGAGCUCGCUGCACAACUUCGACCGUUCGCUGGACAAGUUUCUGGCCUGGCUGUCGGAAGCGGAAUCCUCCAUGGAGUGCGUGGAAUCGGACGCCGACCGCCUGGGCAGUCGGCGCGACGCGGGGGCGAUCCGGCAGCCGCUGCACCAGCUCAAGGUGAGUGAAUUUCAGUACUGCGUACAGCAGGUAAGACACAUCGUAAUGAUUCUUUUAUUCGAUGCUUUGAUAUCCAUGGAUGAUCCUGUUGUCCUUGGAUUAAUUUUUAAAAAAUGCGUGCUUCUCGUUUUCACCCUUUCAUUUCAUAAUUGGAAUGUAGGAAGCAUGACCAAGAACAUCAUAUAG